UCUCCUUGGGGAAACUGAGAGCAAACAGGGAUUGGCCUUCUUUCUGCUCUCUCCUCUGAACCAAUGGAGAGAAGGCUCUGGAACAGACUGACAUGUCAGUUCCAUCCAGCUGUCCAGAGAGAGAUCCCUGGCACCAGGACAUGAUGUUAGGCAGGGGUUGAUGGAGGUGAUGUGGACGUAUAGACCCAGCCUGGCAUCUCCACAAGCACCAUUGUUCCUCAGUCAAAAGAACUGCAGUUCUGCACUGUCUCCUUGGAACUGAACCACACUCAUGGAUUUGAUGGCAUGGCAAAGAGGAAGUUUGGGGAUGGAGAAGUCCAUCUGCAGUGAAGAAUCUCAUAGAAAUCUCAUACAAGAUAGCCUGGUUCAGCUGAGAUGUCACUUUACCUGGGAGCUGGUUAUAGAAGAUGUGGACAUGCCUGACUUGGAAAAGAGAAUCUUUGAUACUGAGUUCCCUGACACCAACCACAGCAUGGGGAUGCUCAACCUCCUGGCGUAUGUGAGACACCUGAAAGGCCAGCAUAAGGAAGCCCUGCACAGCCUGAAAGAAGCAGAAUCUUUGAUCCAGGGAGAGCAGUUGGGCAAGAGAAGCCUGGUGACCUGGGGCAACUGUGCCUGGGUGCAUUACCACAUGGGCAGCUUAGCAGAAGCCCAGACCUACCUGGACAAGGUGGAGAACACUUGCAAGGAAUUGGGCAGUCCCUUCCGCUAUAGUAUGGAGUGUCCUGAGAUAGACUGUGAGCAAGGCUGGGCCUUGCUGAAGUGUGGAAGACAGAAUUAUAAACGAGCCAUGGCCUGCUUUGCAAAGGCUCUGGAAGUGGAGCCUGAAAACCCUGAAUACAACAUUGGCUAUGCUAUUGUAGCCUAUCGCCAGGAUUUCAGUGACAAUGUUUUUUCUCUGGAACCCCUAAGGAAGGCUGUCAGGUUAAAUCCAGAAGAUCCAUACAUUAAGGUUCUCCUUGCCCUAAAGCUUCAGAACUUGGGAAAACAUGCUGAAGCAAGAACGUACAUUGAAGAAGCUCAGGCUAACAUCUCCUCCCAGACUUAUGUCUUCGGAUAUAUGGCCAAAUUUUACCGAAAGGAAGGUUUUCUGGAGAAAGCGCUCCACUUCCUUGCUAUAGCCUUGCAGGCAAAACCUUCCUCUGCCUUCUUGCAUCAUCAGAUUGGACUAUGCUACAAGAGACAACUGUUCAAAAUAAAGGAAGCUACACACAUGCAACCUAGAGGUCAGGACAGAGAAAGAGCAGACCAAUCCACCCGUUUGGCUAUGUUGCAUUUUCAAAAGACUUUAGAACUGAAACCCACAUUUGAGAUAGCUUACGUGAAUCUGGCUGAAAUGUACAUAGAAACUGGCAUUGGAGAAGCUGAAGACAAUUUUCAGAAAGUGUUGAGCAUGAGGAACCUUGAUGCUGCUAUACAGCAAGACAUUCAUCUCCGCUAUGGCCGUUUCCAACAAUUUCAUAGGCGAUCAGAAGACAAAGCGAUCACCCAUUAUAUAAAGGGUCUGAAAAUAGGAGUAACUUCUUCCUACGUCAGAGACAAGCUUCUGGAGGCUUUGCGGAAGCUGGCUGAAAGACGCAUUCGCCAGAAUGUUCGUGUUGUGGAAAGCAUCAGCCUCCUUGGGUUUGUCUACAGACUGAGAGGGGACAUGAGUGAGGCUCUGCGAUGCUAUGAGAGGGCCCUGAGACUCACCGAAGCAUUGAACCCCGAGUUUUGAAGCACGGCUCACCAAGUGGCAUAUAAAGCAUUCUCAUGGCUCAUUAUUCUACUCUUCUUUUGGAGUUGUUACUUUAAUUAUGUGGAACCUGAUGAAGCAAGUUGGAGAUGAUUCCCUCUGUUUUCCGGCUUUCUGCAGCCCUGUUUUUUUUGUUUUGUAGUUUGUUUGUUUGUUUGGUAGGGUUUUUUGGUUGUUGUUUUUUGUUUCUUGAAUAUGUGUGUCUGUGACAGGAGCAUUCAUUCUCCUUUCACGCUUUGCUGUGUUCAUUGACCAUGGUUGCUUCCUGCUCUUCUGGACACCUGUGGGGUGCAGAACCCACAAGAACCAUUUUCCUUAUGAGUGCCUUUGGAGUGCAUGACCCACUCCCUCAGUCUUCUAGGACCCUGUUCAAAGGACACUUCACCAAAGAAGGCUUAUUUUUUUCCAUGCUUCAGGAGUCUCUGACCUUCAGCAAUAUGUGAGAGCAAAUUAAAUGAGCAAGGAUGAGCACUAGAAAGGAGAGGCAUUCAGGAUUCCCCUACAGUAUUCCAGUCCACAGUUCCAUUCCCACAGGCCCUACUAUAGCCAUAGCCUGCUGGUCAAUGAGCUCAACUUUAUAAUCAAUGCAACUUUUUAUAGCAAGUUUCUGACCUCAGACAAUUGUGUUGGAUGUAUGUGUUCCAAAUACACUGACAUUUAAUGACAGCUAAGAAGACUUUCAAAGUAUUCUGGGAAGACAGAGUAAAGGGGUGGCCUCUUUGCAAUGUGCAAACUAAAAAUGACAUAAGUGAUUUCAUGACACUGCUUAGAUUAUUGAGAGUUGUGUGAUAUUAUCUUGCUAUUUUUUAACCCUAUAGUAUUCAAUAAAAAUCUAUGAAUAUCACAGAAUUUUGAGUGUAUUUUGUUUGUGAAAUCCACAUUCUAUGUUUGUAUGGAAUCAGAACACAGCAGAACCAAUCUACACAGGGUUAAAAGGGACAAAGCAAACAGGCCUUGAGAAUAUAGAUACUAUGGAAUCUUAAAGAAUACCUGGGAGAAGCAGGGCAAAAUAUCAGGAGAAUGUCUUAAAAACUCAUAAAGAAUCAUGCUAUUAACUAUCUACCUACAAUGCCU